AUGACACUCAUUAAGUCUGGGCGCCUCCUCCACCAAUAUGUGGUCGAUGUAUAUUCUUCAAUCGAGGAAGAUCGUCUUCGAUGGCAUAGGCUCAAUCAAGACGUUCUAAGGGCUGAAUUAUACAGUAAUGUUUGUGAUGCAGUCGGAAAAGGUGACACCGAUGCAAGGACGGUUGGUAAGAGGUUUAUUCUACCACCGAGUUUUACUGGUGGGCCCCGUUAUCUGAUUGAGAAAUAUCAUGACGCAAUGGCGAUAUGCAGACAGUUUGGGAAUCCAGAUUUAUUCAUCACAAUGACGGCAAACCCAAAUUGGAAGGAGAUAAAAGACCAUCUAGCAGCAUACGGUGGUGAUAGCCCGAAUGACAGACCAGACAUUGCGUGUCGAGUUUUCAAAAUGAAACUAGACCAGCUGCUAGAUGAUUUUAAGAAGGGUACAUUCUUCGCCCCAUACACAGCAGCUCUUCAUAGGAUUGAGUUCCAAAAAAGAGGUCUUCCCCACGCACAUAUUUUGUUGUGGUUUGGAGACCACUCUAGGACACCCAGCCCAGAAGAAAUCGACAAGAUUAUUUCGGCGGAGCUUCCGGACAAGCAGAAAGACCCCGAAGCCUAUGAAUUGGUUGCAAAGCACAUGAUCCAUGGGCCAUGUGGACUCGAUAGACCUCAAUCACCAUGUAUGGAGAAUCAUGUAUGUGCGAAGAAAUUUCCCCGCCCCUUUACUGAGUCUACAUCAAUUGAUAAGUCUGGGUACAUAAUAUAUCGUCGCCGGAAGAACGAAAAUGCGAAUGUUUUAAAGGAUGGAAUUCUUCUAGACAAUGCUUCUGUCAUCCCUUAUAACAUAGAAAUCCUGAAGAAGUAUGCAGCUCAUAUAAACGUGGAAUGGUGCAAUCGGACAUCCGCUAUCAAAUACCUUUUCAAAUACAUCACAAAAGGAGUCGACAGGGCGACAGUUCUGGUUGAGAAAGGCCCCGACCCACCGCCAUCCGAGAAUGGAAGCGACCCCCAGACAUCCGAGAAAGGCAAGGAAAAGGUCAAGAAGGCAAGGAAUGAGAUAAAAGAGUAUCAGGACUGUCGAUACUUAUCCGCUUGCGAAUCCAUGUGGAGGACUUUCGCUUAUUCUAUACAUAAACGCCAACCAUCCGUCAUGAAGUUGGUUGUCCAUCUGGAAGGUGAACAUAAUAUCACUAUCAAAGAUACGGAUAACCUAGGAAGAGUUAUACAGAAGCCAGGCAUCGAAAAGACUAUGUUCACCGAGUGGAUGGUUCUAUGCAGAACAUCCGCAUUCGCCCGCACCUUAACGUAUGUCCAGAUUCCUGAGUUCUUCACAUGGAACAAUAGCUCAAAAGUCUGGUCAGAGAGAAAGAGAGGAACUUCAAUUGGUCGGGUUGUUACUGUACAUCCCGCUUCAGGGGAUCGAUACUAUUUGAGGAUACUAAUAAACAAAGUGAAGGGCCCGAGAAGUUACACAGAGCUUAGAACUUUCAACGGUGUCACAUACCCCGAUUUCAAAAGCACCUGCUGCGCACGAGGUCUUCUCGCUAACGAUGCUGAAUGGCACGAAAGUAUGGCCGAACUCAACACAUGGGGUACACCUUCUCAGUUAAGAGAAAUGUUUGUCACGUUGCUUAUCUACUGUCAUGUUGCUAACCCUAAGGAAUUGUGGGAUAAGUGCUGGAAAACCCUGAGUGAGGACAUCCUCUACAAGAAACGUAAGGAAUUCAAACACCCGCAGCUAGAAAUAGAUGAUGCUAAGCUCGAGCUGUAUACAUUACUUGAACUCGAGAAGGCUUUGCGGAACCAAGAACACACCCUUACGGAUUUUCCAGGAAUGCCUACUCCUGAUCCUCUCCUACUUAAAGAGCUAGGUAAUACUUUGUGGCAGCAAGAGCUACAGUAUAAUGUCGCCGAGGAGAAGAGUAGACAUGACACCCAGUACACGUUGCUCAACCGUGAACAAUUGGACGUCUAUCAGGCUAUUAUCGAGUCGACUCAAGAAGACUACGGGAAGCUAUUUUUUCCCUACUACUACCAGGCGGCAGGACUGCCCACUCCCGUUUCAAUAUCCCAAUCGAUCUAA